AUGUCAAACAACAACCAGUCCUCAGCGUCCUCGUCAGCCACCCCAAACAGCAGCCUGCCUCCAUACCCCCGUAUGACCGCAGCCCAUCACGCCGAGAUCAUGGCCGCUGCCGCCAAUGGAGCAACCAACAUCACUGUCUCUGGUCAUUCCGGCUCCGUCGAAAUCACGGCGACCAGCGAGCCUGACGUCUCUCGGCCUCGUCGUGACCUAGGCGAGGGUCCCGUCCCUUCAGCUGAACCCGAACACGUUCGUCGUCCCUUCAUUGGUCCUGCGCUCCCACCAAACUUCGUCGUCUCAAACACCAACAACAACUCUGCUCCGCAUCCAGGCAUGGCUCCUUCACUGCCAGAAGGUCAUGAACACGCCCGCCCCCACCCCCAGAACCCACCGAACGGCAUGCGUGAGCGCGUCUGGCAGAACGUUCCCAAUCGUCGCCGCAACUUGUUAGCCACCGAAGGUUCAGGCUGGGGCAAGAAGACGAGCGAGGAAGUCGAGAAGGAUGCUAGAAAGGAGAGAGACGAGCGUCGAGCUAGGGGUGAGGAGGUCGCGCCGGGCUGGGAGCAUGAGGAGGACAAUGAAGGCAAGGAGGAAGAGUACUAUGGUCAGUACGCCAAGCCGCCUGCUGCCCCUGUCAGCCACACUCCAUCAGCUCCUAUCUCUUACAUCCGCGAUCCUGCCGACGAAGGCGCUCCAGUCCCGGAUGAGGUGGCUGCCGAAGGGCGAGCUGAGGAGUGGAGGGCUGCAGAGAAGCAGCGCGACCGCGACGCUGAGGCCGGUAAGGUCUUCGAUUGUUGCAUGUUGGGUCAGCGUGGAUGGUGGUGUUCCUGCUGGAUGUAA